AUGCGCUAUCACAAUGGACCCCUGCUUGGAGUACCAAAGUCGUCUCCGGCAGAAUCGCUCUGUAACAUGACAGCGUGUGAAGAAGGGGCUGUAGCGGCUCCAUGGUCGCUGAACGGAAGUGCCGGAGUGGUAAUGCAAAACUACGGUGGCGGCCGCGUGCUGGCCAUUUCACCGCACCCAGAGUCAACGCAAGAUGGGCUGCUCGUGCCCGAGCCUGGCAAAGAGAGGCUGCGACGUGUGCUGCAGCGAGCAGUGCUUCUCGCAGCUGCUGGACCAGCUGCACACAGCUGGAUCGAGGUGGAAAUGCACCUGCCCGCGAAGUGCUGA